AUGAAACGUUCCAGCAUUUCAAAUAAAUUCACCGAUUCUGACAACAGUCCGAAAUUUUCGUCAUGGAGUCCGAACGUUUUAAAGAGUUUGGGCUACGACCGGCCGCGAGCACGUUCGAUCGACGUAGGGAGUUCUGUCGGGUCAACAUUUCUCUUCUCGACCACACUAAAUGAUGGUCAUAAGUUGUUGAAAGUGGACAGUUCCGACAGUCCGGCGAGUGAUGAUGACCGCAGUUUGGACGACCUCUCAUUCAACAAUCGACGGGGUAAACCAAAGAAAUCUCCAUUUAACAUUUUCAACAAGUUGAAAGGUUCCGAAGAGGUGCUCUUCAGCGAGGUACCCAAGCCGAGGAAGAGAGGUUUCUCGCUGGACUUCAGCAACGCCACCCCACUCAGCCUCAUCGGAUUCAAGGAUCCCAGUAAACAACUGACAAGUCAUCCCAGAAGGAAGUCAGUGUUCCCGCAGCCAACGGGCACCAAAUGCAUCACGACAAAUUGUAAAAAUAUAUCACCAGAUGACUUGAGCAUGCUAACACAAGCACGAAAAUUGGCAAAUGCACUCAGAGGCAAAAACACAAAUAGGCACACUGACGCGUAUAAUCAAAUAAUCAUGUACAACAAGCCAUUAUUUCUUAAUUUCCUGUACCCUGACGUUUUAUGUUCCUUGGUAAAUUUGUUAGAAGUUACUUUUUGUAAAUAA